GAAUCAAUGGACAUGUGGAGAUCGAUUCAUGUACCAGAUCAAGAAGGGACAUGACGUCACAUCCUUCGCUCCUUGCUUGUUUACACCGGGCGCGUUGCUUCUCAGCUGAACUCACCGCACCUUCGCCUUUAUUAUUAUUAUCCUCACAUCCCUGCCUGGAUUUUAACAAAAGAUCCCACUAUAAAUUCGACGACCAGAACACCAAUCCACAACCACUUUAUCUACAAAUACGAUCCAUCUAAAACACCAUGAAACUCUCCUCCCUCCUCACAAUAACAACCCUCCUCGCAACCACCACCGCGAAAAAAGAAAAAAUCAACCUCCAAUGGGCCAUCUGUAACCCCACCCCCCAAGACGUUCUCCCCAAACUGGGUCUCGCUUCAAACACACCCCCCUACAAGGAAAACCCCAUCACCUACUACGAUGCGCAACCCCCGCGCUACAUCGCCCACGGCUUGAUGUUCCGCACGAAGACUAAUAAGGGUCAUCCCCUGUCGACUGUUAAGGCGCCGCUUCCGGGGGAUGUCGAGGCGCCUGGUUUUGUGGAGUGUGCGUGGGCAAGCUAUGGGGAGAAUCCGGCGACGUUUACGUGUGAAAAGCGGUGUCUGAGAGAUGGGGAUGGGGAGGAGGAUGAGGAGGAUGACGAGGGGGAUGAUGACCUGUGGUGUCCGGAGCAGAUGGAGUUCGUGAAGAGUGUGGCGCCUGCUCCUGUGGAGUGGUCUGCGCUGGUGCCGUACGGCCCGUUUGCGAACGGGAAGUGGAAGGUCAAGGUGGACGGGGUGAAAGCCAAGUUUGACGACGUCGUUGUUCCCGAGCACGGGCUACACCUGAUGGAGAUCGAGGCCAAGGUGAAAGCUUCCAAGGCGGAGAAGGCGCGCGUUGCCAUAACGGAGUAUUUGGUGGAACAGGGGGUCGAGCUGUGUGAGCUGCAAGAGGGUAAGACGAAGAGGCUGUUCCGUGCCAUGGGGUAUACAGAUACGGAGGAAGACAAAGUCGAGCUGUAAUUAACAUUGAAAUCAUUCAUUGAUUAGCGUAACACAUUGCU